GGUGCCCGAGGGGACGCAGGCUGCACUGUGUGGGCUUGGCCUCGUGGUUGCUCACCCUAACCUUGGCUGCUCGCCUUUGCCCUGAUUCCUGGCCAGGGUUGGGACAGUACACUGACCUGCCCCCGUAGGCAGAUUCUUUGGGCUCCAGCCAGCCUCAGGGCAGAAACAAUGGUGCCCGGCGUCAGUCUGUUCUCUUUGGUUCUCAGGUCUUUUCUCCUGGCACCCUGUAUUCAUGGCCUUGGCGUUCUGCGUCUGCAUGGCCGAGGCCAUCCUCCUCUUCUCGCCUGAGCACUCCCUCUUCUCCUUCUGCUCCCGAAAGGCCCGGAUCCGGCUGCACUGGGUGGGGCAGAGCCUGGGCCUCCUCUGCGCAGCCCUGGGCCUGGGCUUCAUCAUCGCCAGCAGGACCCGCAGCGAGCUGCCCCACCUGGCCUCCUGGCACAGCUGGGUGGGGGCCCUGACGCUGCUGGCCACGGGGGGCCAGGCACUGUGUGGGCUCUGCCUGCUCUUCCCCCGGGCAGCCAGGGUCUCCAGGGUGGCUCGCCUCAAGCUCUACCAUCUGACGUGUGGACUGGUGGUCUACCUGAUGGCUACCGUGACGGUGGUCCUGGGCAUGCACUCGGUGUGGUUCCAGGCCCAGAUCAAAGGCGCGGCCUGGUACCUGUGCCUGGCGCUGCCCCUCUAUCCAGCCCUGGUGAUCAUGCACCAGAUCUCCAGCUCCUACUUGCCGAGGAAGAAAACGGAAAUAUGACUGCCUCCAAACUCUGACUCUAGCUGGCACCCUGGCCUUGGACUUCAGUGGUCUGUUUGGUGACCUUCAAGGGCUCCACUCCCGAAGUGGUAGGGUUUUUAUACUCUUAGCUGGGCUGACGGGUGACUCGGUGGACUGAAAUGGGGAGACGUACUGGGUGCAAGUAAAAGGUGGUGGGGA